AUGCUGGUGGUGGUGGGUCCAUCUGGUUCUGGGAAAACCACACUAAUCCAGCGCCUGCAGAGCGGCCAGGCUCUGACCGAACUGCACACCACUGUGCCCACUGUCGGCUCCAACAUCUCUGACCUGCGAAUUGGCACCAACAAGAAAUCACCUGUCACUGUCAGAGAGCUGGGUGGCUGCAUGAGCCCGCUGUGGCCGGUGUACUACACCGCUGACGUCAGUGGAGUCAUCUACGUCAUUGACGCCUCUGACGUCACGCAGACGGCGUGCGCCGCCGUCCUCCUGGUGGAGCUGCUCGAGCAUCCGCAGCUGCAGAAAGCCAAGUGUUAG